AUGGAUACUCUGCAAAUAAUUUUAUUAGUUUUUUUAUAUUAUUUAAAUCCAAUAUUAUCAAAUUCUCAUAAUUCGCAUGGUGUUGUCGAUUCGGACAAUGAAUUUGCCGAAUUUGAAGAUGACGAUGCUGAUGAUGAAAUAAUAAUUGAUAAGGAUGAUAAUUCCCAUAAUGCAAUUUAUCAUGGCGAUUCAUCGCAAACUAAACAAAAUGUUCCGGCUCAUUUUCGCUCUAAUUGGGCAUCAUAUCAAGUAGAAGCGGUUGUAAUUUUGUUGUUAGCCUUAUAUAUGAUUAAUUACAUGAUAGGCAGAUCAAGGAAUCAAGCAAUCGCAAAUAGUUGGUUUCAAGAUGUUUCUACGCUUCUGCAAGAGCAGUUUACUGUUGUUGGUGAUGAUGGUGUGUCUGAAGAACCUGGUGAAGGAAACCUCAUAAAGGAAACCGAUUCAACUUAUUUGAUUUGGUGUUCAGGUCGUGCUAGCUGUCAGGGAAUGCUCAUACAUUUAAAGUUACAAAAAAGGCAAGAUCUAUUAAGUGUGAUCUUGGGUUUAUUUCGACCUCAGCAAGAUAAGGCAGUCAUUCGUAUAGAUAUGGAUCCAAAUGAAAUGGAUUCAUUUGUGCUUAUAGUAGGACAACGAAAAUCAGUUACAAAGGCUGUUAAAGAUGUGAUGGAUUUGGUAAGUUAUUUUGAUAGCUUCGCGUUUGCAACGAUAUUAGGGUUGCCUCAGUCUAUGACAGUUUUUGCCGAAAUUUCUGAAGCAGUUACAGCUAUUAUUGAUCCAGUCGUACAAUCAGUACUUCGUAAAUACGAGAAUGCUGUUGAUUAUAUUCAUUUUUCCGACCAGUAUUCCGGUUUGAAGCCAACUGAAGGCGAAACUUACACACGUUUGCCAGAUACUUCUCGAGUUCUUAUAUUUGCUUUUAAUAUAGGAAAUGAUCAAGCCGAGACUGAAGCAUUAAUAAAGACAGUUUUCUACUGUCUAGAAAAAAUCAAGCGUUACAGACUUUCUAGGGAAGGAAAGUCGAAGGCUGAUAAAAAAAGGCAAAGUGUGAAAGAAGCUUUUAUGAAAACAACGCAUCAAGCACGGCAAGAAGCUGCACAAGCCCGAAGAGAAGAAAAAACUAGAGAACGUAAACAGAGGUUGCUUGAAGAGGAAGACCCUGAAAAACAACGUAGAUUAGAGAAAUUGGAGCAAAAAAGAGAUUCGAAAUUGCGGCAACCAAAGAUAAAACAGCUUAAAAUAAAGUAA